CUGCGUUGUUCUGUUGUUAUGGCAACCGCCCUGCGUCAUUGCUUUGUUACGUGGCAACAUUUCAUGCAAUAAACAAGCUUUUAGAAAGUUCAACUAUGUCAACAAAUUCUACCAAUACUUGACUUUAUUUUAUCAGUUGGUGCAUUGACUUCAUUUCCAACCAUUGACAGUCUGUUUUCAGGGUUGAAGAGUGAGCCUGGAAAGGACCUUAAAAUGCAAAACGUCAGCUUUGCACACAUCCCAGGCUCAGCAGCAGAAGACGAGAGUCCACCAACAGAGGCCCCCGAGGAGAAAUAUGAAUGUGGAAAAAACUCUGAAGAUGAUGCAGAUGACCUCAGAGACGUUCCAGUGGAGCUGCUGAUGGAGUUCCUCAGAGCUCUGACGGACAAAGACUACCAGCAGGCUAAAAGACUGUGCAAAAUCAUUCUCAUCUAUGACCCACUGCAUCCAGAAGCUUCGGAGUUCCUCCCUCUGAUCCAGGCCAAGCUAUCAGAAGAAGAGGAAAACCAGGACAGUGACGACAGUGACGACAGUGAUAGCGAUGACGAAGACGAUGACCAUGAAUAUGAUGAAGAACUAUCCUCACCGUCAAAUGAAGACAGUGGGAGUGGGGAAGAAAAGCAAACAAAUUGACAUAUCCUGUCAGUUUGAGAAUUACAGCUCAAGCAGGAAAUCAGAAAAUACAUUCUGAGAAGUCAAAAUUUUUUACAUUUAGGUGAAUUGAUGAAGUCAGCUAUGUGAAUCACUACGCCAACCAUUGCCCUGCUGUCAGCUCACAGUUUGUGAUUCAUACAGCCUAGCGCAGGGGUGUCAAACUCUUUUUUUUCACGGGCCACAUUGUAGUCAUGGUUUCUUUCGGAGGGCCAUUAUGACUGUCAGCCCAAAUAAAUGUAUGAGCACCUCAUAUUAUAUACAGUAUAAGCUA